CGGGCCGGGGCGCCGGGCCCAGGACUGGUGGCAGGCUGGCGCCCGCUCCCUAAUAUGCGGACGAAGGCGGAGGGCGGCGCGGAGCGGCGUCCCCUACAGCCGCGGACCAAGGCGGCGGCGGCGGCGGCACCUGCCGGUCGAGUCUUUCACAUCGACUUGGGGUUUAAUUCAUUGCUGGAAGCUUCCGAGCCCAGGAGAGCAGAGUUGACUCAUUUCCCCGGGACGGAAUUGGGGGACCCUAUGACUAGCAGCUCCGGAAACUGACCUUUGCAUCCAUCGGGAAAGCGUGCGGUGUCUGCAGGUAGAAAUUCGCCAGUGAUCUUCCCUGCUUCCUCAAUGCGGCCAGCCCUGCGUAAGAGACACGUUUUGGUGACCUUUGGUUUCUCCUGAAUUGUAAGCAGUGGCAUUCAUAUGAGCCUUUAGUGUCAAUGCCAAGCCAGUACAACCGUGUGAAGCUGAAAAGCGAUUGCUCGCGGCCCUCCCUGCAAUGGUACACCCGUGCUCAGAACAAGAUGAGAAGACCCAGCUUGUUGUUAAAAGACAUCCUCAAGUGUACAUUGCUUGUGUUUGGAGUGUGGAUCCUUUAUAUCCUCAAGUUAAAUUAUACUACUGAAGAAUGUGACAUGAAAAAAGUGCAUUAUGUGGACCCCAACCGCAUAAAGAGAGCCCAGCAAUAUGCCCAGGAAGUCCUGCAGAAGGAAUGCCGGCCCCAGUUCGCCAAGAGGUCGAUGGUGCAGCUCUUCAGGCACAGGUACACCUCGGACCUGCCACCUUUCGUGACGAAGGCCCCCGCAGGGAGCGAGGCCGAGUACAAGUACGACCCUCCUUUCGGAUUCCGCAAGUUCUCCGAGAAAGUCCAGAGCCUCUUGGAACUCUUGCCCGAGCAUGACUUUCCUGCACACUUGAAAGCCAAGAGCUGCAGGCGUUGUGUGGUCAUUGGAAGUGGUGGAAUCCUCCACGGGCUAGAGCUGGGCCGGGCCCUGAACCAGUUCGAUGUUGUGAUAAGGUUAAACAGUGCACCGGUUGAAGGAUAUUCAGAGCAUGUUGGAAAUAAAACUACUAUAAGGAUGACUUAUCCGGAGGGUGCACCACUGUCUGACCUUGAAUAUUAUUCCAAUGACUUGUUUGUUGCUGUUUUAUUUAAAAGUGUUGACUUCAACUGGCUUCAGGCGAUGGUCAAAAAUGAAACCCUGCCGUUUUGGGUGCGACUCUUCUUUUGGAAGCAGGUGGCGGAAAAAAUCCCACUCCAGCCAAAACAGUUCAGGAUUUUGAAUCCGGUUAUCAUCAAAGAGACUGCCUUUGACAUCCUUCGAUACUCAGAGCCUCAGUCAAGGUUCUGGGGCCGAGAUAAGAACGUCCCCACGAUUGGUGUCAUUGCCGUUGUCUUAGCCACGCAUCUGUGCGAUGAAGUCAGUUUGGCAGGCUUUGGCUAUGACCUCAGCCAACCCAGUACACCUUUGCACUACUUUGACAAUCUCUGUAUGGCUGCCAUGAACUUUCAGACCAUGCACAAUGUGACCACAGAGACGGGGUUCCUCCUGAAGCUGGUCAGAGAGGGCGUGGUGAGGGAUCUCAGCGGAGGCAUCCAUUGUGAAUUUUGAACCCAGAAAACCUCACUUGAAAAUGCAGUUCUGACCAGGAGGGCUGUUUUUCACAGCCUUCUUGACGCGUCCUGCAAGAACUUUGAAGUGCAGCUGGUGUUUUUUAACUUUUAAUUUAAAAAACAAAAACAAUACAAAAAGUUCUGUUCUUCCCACUUUUUUUCCCUAUUUAUUUGAAGCCAGUGUUUUUGCACAAAAUUUUGGAAGUUAAUUUUGAGAAUAGGAAAGACUUUCCAAAGAGAAUUGUAUGUAAUGAUGUUUUAUUGUAUUUUAAGAAAGUUAUUUAAUUUGUAAAAACUCUGUUCAUGUCUACUGCACAUAGAAUCCCAGGUCAUUAUGUGGAAGAAGGGAGGCGACUCCUUUGAUGACAGCCCUGAAUGCCUGACUCUGGUUCUCUGUUAGUCUGUUCGGUGGGACAGAUGUCGGAAGCACUUCCAGGGUGACGUGCUGGGUAGCUAAACCACUGGGACUGGUUGGGCCAUGCUGCUGCAUGAGGCCUGAGCCGGUCGGAGAAGUUCACCGUCCCUCUCUGUUGAUCUGCCUUCUGCAGGAAGACUUGUAGGAAUCAAGCAGGGGAGCUGUCCUGCAGGUCCCAGGUCAAGGAGGGACACAGAGACAUUUUCUGUGUCCUCCGAGUACUGCAACGCUGCCCCAGGCGGACAACUCUUGGAUUUCUUGAGAGUUUUUAACUGCCUUCCAAACACUUAAAUGUUAAUCCAGAUUAUUCCAUUGUCUGUCUGAGGUGGCUUAUAAAAAUUAGGACAAAACCUCUGUUCUCCAGAGUCGUAGAGGAAUAAACUCUUUCCAGGAAUAAUCAUGUUUUCUGAAACACUGAAAUGAAGUCUUCCCCGUGUUAUAAAUUGCCUGUUUAAGAAAAAACGUUUUUUUUUUUUUUUUUUGAAUGCCUCCUUGGCAGUGUGUACCAGGCAGUGUGCUGGUCCAAAAAAAAAAAAAAAAGAAUAAAAGCUUUUGAGGAGCUCUUACAGUCUAGUUAAUUUGAGUGCUUUUUUUUUUUUCCCCAGAAAAUAAGUUUAUAAGUCUAGCUAAAAUGUCCUUCUUGGAUGCCACUGCUAGUCAGGACCUCACUGCAGAUGCCUGUGAGGAAGGCUGGGGGAUGAAGGGGUCUCCUCCGCUGGCUGCUACUGCCGCCCCUCCCCCAAUUCUAUUUCUCCCACAGCCCCCGGUGCAGCUCUUGACUCCCAGGCCAGGCCGAUGGCUCCCGCAUCUGCCGGCUCCUCGGCAUAUGCGGGGCAAGGAGCCAGGUCAUAGCUCUGAAUGAGUCCCUUGGAUCUCCAGGGUUCUGGGGUCAAGCUCAGAGCAGCCUGCGUAGCAAAAUAGGAUUUCUCUGGUUUUAUGUCUUUUCUUAAAAUUUUCUAUGGAUUCUACUCUGUAAGACACUGUUUAGGAAAAAAUGCUUUAAAAUUCCUAUCUGGGGCUUCCCUGGUGGCGCAGUGGUUGAGAGUCCGCCUGCCAAUGCAGGGGACACGGGUUCGUGCCCCAGUCCGGGAGGAUCCCACGUGCCGUGGAGUGGCUGGGCCCGUGAGCCAUGGCCGCUGAGCCUGCGCGUCCGGAGCCUGUGCUCCAUAACGGGAGAGGCCACAACAGUGAGAGGCCCUUGUACCGCAAAAAAAAAAAAAGAAAGAAAAUUGCUAUCUGUUAAACGGUGAGACUUAGCUCUGAAUAUGGAGACUCAGGAAAACGGUCUGCGGCUGUCCUGUGUUUCAGGUGAGGCCAGGCCUGCACCACACACCUCCACCCCCUCGUUCCUCAGGGGCUACUUAGAGAAGCCCAAAUGCUUAUUAGAAAAGACAAGAAACAGCCAGGGUCCAACAAUUGGAAAGCUUUCCCGGUGCAUCCCUUCACGGGUGCGCCUGGUCUCGUGGUCCCGUUUCCCCUGCCUUGCACAGCUGCUGGGAAGUAGCCCGUCCAGCACUUCCUCAGCUUUCAACAGAUACCAGACCUGGCCUCAUCCCUCCCCUCCUACUCUGUGUGUCUUUUUUUUUUCAUUUUUACAUUGUUUUGCCCGUGCCUCUCGAUGUUUAAUUACUGGCAGGCAGUAAGUGCCCUAAGUGGAUAAAAAGGCAUAUUUUUUUCAAUGACCUUUCAUGGUGUCCACCAAUCAGAGUUGACCAGAGACCAUCUUUGAGAACUUUAAGCACUUCGGCAGUUUUCAUUAGAAGUUGCUUCUUUGCUUCAGGGUUGUGUCUCCGCCUGCUUUUCUGGGAACAGACCUCCAGGUGCCCCAGGGUGUCACAAGGUUGGUCUCCAGUAACUGAGUUUCCUCCAUCACAUUUUCAACUUCAGCCUUGUAGGCACACAUGCUCUUACGUGGAUGUAAUCAUCGGUUUUGAGGCAACUUAGGAUGACUUACACAUGGUCUGUACUUUAACAUACUUCUCACUAGAACUUUGAGCCACAGAAAAUUUCAGUGAGUUUUAGUUUUCUGUUUUUUCCUACAGAGAGCUUAUUCUCUCCAGAAACCUAGGCUGGCCGUAGAAAAAUGUUUUUGGGACCAGGAUGAGUAUCUCCUGAUGACGUGUGCCAUGUUUCUAGGCAAAGAUGAAUUGGGAUCUUCUGAACAACUUCAUGCCUCUAGGUGUUACCUUGUCUUCUUCACUGAUACUUUUGUGUCACGGUGGUGGUGGUGUUUUUUUUAAAUUUCCCAACAAGGUACUAAUAAGGCAUUGGUGAUGUCUAUUCUCACAGAUUUGGGGGUGGGGGCGGGUCUCAUCAUCUGUGGACCCAUUAGUUAAAAUAAGUUGUCAAGCCCACUUUUUGGACUGUUUCUGUUGAACUAUGACCUCUUGACCGGCAACAGUCAAUCUGGUUUGCAGACAUGGGCUGAUUGUAAAAGAGAACAACAAGUAGUCACACCCUAGUCUCCCCAGGGUAUUAAAGAUUUCUGAAACCAAGGACCUCUUUAUUUUAACUACAUUCUAACUCCAGUGCUUUUGGACUUGAUAUCAAAGGGAUUGUUACGUUUGCCUUAUUUCUGUCUCAGGAGAAACUUUUAGACCAGCAUCAUAGGAAGAUUUUGAAAUCGGAUCUAUUCUCCUUGGCAGGUUUACAGCAUCCAAGUGUGGGUUAUUUUUUCUUCCUUUCUUUGGUGCACUUCAGUCAAGCGCAUUAAGAAAGAAGGAAAUGACUAGUUCUGUGAUUUAGCAGAAUUCCCCUUAGAAUGAAGUGAGCUUUUAGAAUGCUUGUGUAGCAAGCAGGAACUGUGCAACGCUGGGCCUGACUUCCGUUCACGCACAUGGUGACAAAAUGCAUCCCUCAAACGAAGGACUCUGUGUUGCUGCCCGUGGGACCGACACCGUCUUCCCAGACGCUGACCCUCCCUGAAGGCCGCCCAGAUGACUGCACCCUCAGCUCUCAGACUAAAGUGCAGACAACAGGGGAAAAGACCCAGUACAUAGCGCACCCCCUGCCCUUCCCUGGAGGGCCAGGCACCCUGGCCCAAACUUGUCUUUUUCUCUUCUUUCCUACAUCCCAAUGCCAUUUUAGCCUGUUUUUGUGUCCACAGAACAAGGUGUUUAUCUGUAUUUACCUACAACCGACACAACGUAAAACUGAAGUAAAUUGAAGAGAACCAUUCGUUCAUAUGCACAUUCAAAUUUUGACAAGAGGGCUUCCCUGGUGGUGCGGUGGUUGAGAGUCCGCCUGCCAAUGCAGGGGACACGGGUUCGUGCCCGGGUCCGGGAGGAUCCCACAUGCCGCGGAGCGGCUGGGCCCGUGAGCCAUGGCCGCUGAGCCUGCGUGUCCAGAGCCUGUGCUCCGCAACGGGAGAGGCCACAGCAGUGAGAGGCCCGCGUACCGCAAAAAAAAAAAAAAAUUUUUGACAAGAAAGUA